AUGAACACCACCCCCUCCGGCAACACCACCAAUGCCAUCAACACCUCCGGUGCCCCCGCCACGACGGGCGCUACCGCCGGCGCCGGGCUCGGCCAGAAGGUCAAGGGCGCCUUCCAAACCGUCCACGGCGUAGGCGAAAAGAUCCGCGGCAACGCGCUCGAUGCCGCCGACUCGGCGACCGGCGACCGCGACGUGCACGGCACGGGUAUGCGCAAUGCCGCCGUCGACCAGAAGGGCUCGAUGGAGACCAACGUCGGCGUCGCCAACAUGCGUGGUGCAGGAUCUACGAUCUAG